AUGUCUUCACCAUUGCCGACUGCAUCUCCACGAGCCUCGUCCAAAUUACGCAAGUCCUGUGAUCUGUGUGCGGCAACCAAGGUCGGGUGCACCAAGGAGAAGCCAAGCUGUGCUCGCUGUGCCAAACGAGAUCACCCCUGUGUGUAUAGCACGGCCAAGCGUGCAGGUCGCACCUCGGGAAGCACUCAAACCAGAGCGCGAAGGGACUCGACGCUGACGAGGACGGCGACGACGACCGCAACCGCGUCGCCAAGUCCGACAUUUACGUCGGCACAGACCAGCGACAUCAACAGUCCACCCACGCCUGAAGGUGGCGGUGGACGCUCCCCGGCGCUCGAUCUCCAGCGGCAAUGCUCACCGUAUCCCGAUAUCUUCGGAGCCUUGGGAUCAUUCGACGAGAGUUGCCUAUCAUCUCUCCGCGCCAACUCUUUUUCAGAUUUAGACGAGCUUUUCGCAUCGGCAACUGAACUUCCACUAGAGCAGCAACUUGAUCCAGCCCUCUUCCUUGACUUCACCCUCGACAACACCGGCGCGUGUUCAUCAUUCCCUGCAACUGACCCCAUCACCCUCCCUACAUCGCCCACCUUUGUAGUGCAACCUGGCAUCAAUGUACCACCGUCGAUCAAUCUUCUCACUUCAGCCACCUGCCAAUGCUUGACUCGUGCUCUUGCGCUUCUGGCCGAUCUCUCGCCGGGUAACCCGGGGUGCGGCAACGAUCCGAGUGCCACCGCCACGCCCGAGCUGCCUGAUUUCGAACAGGUUCUCACCCACAACGAGCAGACCAGUGAGACUGUGCGCCAAAUCUUACAAUGUGACUGUACCAACGACAGCUAUCUUCUCAUCACCCUGUCCCUUGUAGUUUUUCGAGUGAUCGCCUGGUAUACCGCGGCCACGAGUGCAGCAUCAGGCGAAGACCCACUUGAACCUGUCUUGCAUGGGCCCUCCUCAUUCGCCGACUGCGUAUGCGAGGAUGGGCGGCGCAUUGCCGUGCAACGCAUCCUUUCUAAGCUCGCGGGCGUUCAUGCAUCCAUCGAUCUGCUAUCACAAAGGCUACGCCGAAUCACCGAGACGUCGGGGGAGCAGCGGCAGCAGCAGCGACAGCAGGAUACCUGUGGCCCUGCGGUUCACGCGACCGGCUCCCUUGCAGGAGGAAUCCAUGCGUUUUUAAAACCAUUCUCGCCCGAUUUGGUGAAUACGCUGGAAACUGAUCUGCGGAAGCGUCUUUGUGACCUCUCGAGGGCUAUCGUGGACCGCUUGCGGAGGUGA